UGAGCGAAUUAGACUUAGAGACUGGGUGGGUCUAAACUCCUCCACAUUCCCAAAUAACUCCCGCUCCGUGUGUUGAAGCGACGCCAGUGAGCCACAAUGUUGGUGUUGGCAGCAAUCGUUGUUGUGCACAUUACCGCCAUCAUCCUGCUCCUGGUGGCCACCAUUGAUAAUGCUUGGUGGAUCUCUGAUACUAUGUCAACAGAUCUGUGGGGCAAAUGGGAGUUCACGAACUCAGACUGGCAUUACUUCAGCCUGAGCAACUACCCCGAAGACUACCUCCAGGCGGUGCAGGGGACUUCAGUCCUGGCCUGUGUUUUCACCAUCCUGGCCCUGUUCGUGUUUCUGGCUCAGCUGUUCACGCUGCCCAAAGGCCAGAGGUUCAUCUGCACCGGCAUUUUACAGCUCAUCGCCUGCCUGUGCAUAAUGACUGCAGCCUCCAUCUACACGGCUCAGUUUCACACCAAUGAAACGGGAGGAGGGUACGGGCACUCCUACAUCCUGGCAUGGAUCUCCUUUGUCCUCACGCUCUUCCUAACAGUCACCUACCUCGUCCUGCGGAAGAAGACCGAGUGAAGAGCAGAAGAACUAACUCUGUCGCGAAGCUGCAAGUUUGAUUUUAACGUCUCGGUUUGGAACAAAUGUGCGCUAACAAAGAGCCAAGUUUUUUUAUUUUUGAAUCGA